AGAACGCCCAUGGUCGAAAGUUGGAACUGAUAUAUUCUACGUAGGUGGAGACUCGUACCUGCUCUUAGUUGAUUACUACUCGGAAUUCAUCGAAAUUUCAAAGAUGUUGGACACUAGAAGUGAAACUGUUAUAACACACUGCAAAUCACAAUUUGCUCGACAUGGCAUACCCGACAUAUUGAUCUCCGACAAUGGGCCACAAUAUGCAUGUGAUGUGUUUCGACGUUUCGCGAAAACGUAUGGUUUCGAACACAGGACCUCAAGUCCGACAUUUCCUCAGUCAAAUGGAAUGGCAGAAAAGUCAGUACAGACAGCAAAGCGUCUACUGAAAAAAGCUGCACAAAGUGGGCGAGACCCAUAUCUUGCACUGCUAGAUCUGCGAAAUACACCAAGGUCAUCAAAGAUUGGAUCUCCUGCACAGCGUUUGUAUGGAAGGAGAACAAGAACCUUACUUCCGACUUCUACAAACUUGUUAGUGCCAAAAGUGAUGACAAAAGUGACAGAGAACCUUAAACUGAAACGGCAAGAACAAAAGUUCUAUUAUGAUCGUGGAUCACAUGAAUUACCUCCCCUUGACCUGGGAGAAAAUGUCAGAAUUCGCCAACGGAAUAACUGGCAGCCAGGACGCGUUGUAGGUUUUGAUCAGAAUCCUCGUUCUGUAAUGGUGCAGUCGAAAGGAAAAACAUAUCGAAGGAAUCGGAAACACUAAAGUGACGCGAAGUGUUCACAGAAAAUGACUUGGCACGCACAGUGGAGCAACCAUGGUAUGAUGAUGUUAAAAUGGACCCAAUUAGCAGAGACAGUCGUGAGGAAAGAAACAGUUGCGAACCUCCAAAAAUCCGUGCCAACCAACCAAGUGAGAUUCCAACCACAGGACCAACCGUAGCACCACCAGUACAGCGAACCUCGAGAGGACGCGAAAUCAAAGAGCCCGCAAGGUUCAAAGAUUACCUAAAAACUUGACAUUCGCAGUCGUGUAUUCAUGUGUACUAACCAGGAACUCUUAAAUGUUCUGUUAUUAGGAUCACUGACAGUAAUUGAAUCAAUUCAAAGACAGUAAAGUCAAUAGUAAACUUCAUAACUUCAGUAUUAAGCUACAUAUCUAGUCAUUAGCUAAAUUCUAGUCAUUUUAUAUUUUGCAUAAUAACAAACAAUAAUUUAAUGAUUCCAUAGUUGAUUUAAUCUUAAAAAAGAAAGGAGAUGUAAUAAUAGUUGCCUUAGUAGAGUAUCUACGGUACUUACUAUACAAUUAUAUACUACGUCAUCAAGUUAUGUACACACAACCUCGUUCUGAUUAAAAGCACA